AUGCGCGUCUCCGCCAUCCUCCCCGCCGUCCUCUCCCUCGCCUCCGUCUCCUCGGCGCACUUCCUCAUGAACUACCCCGACUCCAUCGGCUUCGACGACGACAAGGAGGGCACCGCGCCCUGCGGCGGCUUCACGCCCGACAUCUCCUCGGGCUCCAAGCAGCUCGUCGACUUCCACGUCGGCGGCGACUCGCUGGCCAUGCGCGCCACCCACAACCAGGUCACUUGGCUGUUCCGCGUCACGCUCGACGGCACCGCCCAGUCGGGCUGGAAGCAAAUCUUCCCCAUUGUCCAGCAGAGCGGCCUGGGCGACUUUUGCGAGCCGCACAUCACGCUGCCCGCGAGCUAUGCCGGCAAGAAGGGCGUCAUCGGCGUCGUGACGGAUGCGCCAGACGGCCUGCUGUACCAGUGCAUUGCUGCCAACUUCGUCUCGGGCUCCGUCGACCCGCCCUCGGCCUGCAAAAACGCCUCCAUCACCGCCAGCUUCGUCAGCGACUCCAAGCUCUCGCCCCUCGUCUCCGGCAGCGUCUCCGGCUCUGGCAGCUCCUCCAACAGCACCGGCGGAGGAUCCUCCUCUACGCCCUCGAGCACUCAGAGCAGUGCCGCUGCGGCCACUACCUCGGGCAACGCUGCGCCCGGCCAUCUCUCGGCCUGGUCGGUCUCUUCCUUUGGCCUGGGCAGUGCUUUGACCGCUGUGUCCAUGGUUCUUGCCGGUGGCGCUUUGAUGAUUUAA